AUGUUAAUAGCUUACUAUGGGCGUGAUGAGGAUAUUUUGACAAAACUCACCACUGAAAUCCUUCUCUAUCUGCAGCUUCCUUUGGAUAAUGGGGGUUUGAAGUACAAUAACACCGAUGCGCGCUCUUCCAAGUGCGUGCAGAAACCCUCCGCUCACGAGAAACACGGCACACAGUCACGAAUCCUAUUGGCUACCACCAUGUCUUGGGCGUCCGUGAUUGGCUGCCGGCUACAUUUUCAACUAGAUAAAAGAUUGGAAACUUAUGAGACAUCACAUAAACGAGAUUUCGUCUAUAGACCUAUCUCCUCUACUCCAGUUUUAAGACCAAAAACAUCCAAGAUCUAUAGAAACUAUGCAUUGGGUCAUCCUGUGGGUACAACUGCAUAUAGUGAAGAAUUCUGCUGGAGGCCGGUAGCAAAGAGUGACUGCAUAAGAUCUGCCACAGCAUCUGGAUACAGAAGAAACAACCCACAUCCAAGCCAGGCAUUUAUGGUAUGGGGCUAUUCUACCGAUCAGUUGAAAAGCCUUGCUGAUAGCAGUUCACCGUAUUCAAGGCAAUUGACUGAGCAGGAUGUACAAAAAGCUCUGAGUGCCCAGUACAGGUCCACAUACAGGGUAGAUUUUCUUGGACUACCCCAAGGGAUUAUAAAGAACCGUAUAAUCCAUGCACCUUCAAUCCGUAGUCAUCCUGAUCAUUACGAUACCCAGACCGAAAUGAGACACAACUAUUGGCAACCUAUUCUGAAACCUGAGCUAUUGGGGAACAAUUCUCGCUACGGAUGUAACAAGCUGCAUGGUGUUGCAGUGAGGGGUAUUGUCCCCACACUGUUUCACAGUGACAUCAAUAACCAAAGAAUCUGUAAACAGCAGACCACUUACAAUACACAUUUUGGAAGCCAACAUGCAGAUGUCUCAGUGCUCAAUUCAAAACAGUUUUGUAAGCAACCUGCAUCUGAGAAAGGAAUCAAAGAUGUGAAGACAUUGAUGCAAAUAGCUAGCUCCUCUGCUCAUGAAUGGAGGGUGAAAAAACAGGAAAUACUCCCGCAAGCCCCUCGCACACUAGAAAGGAUGUCAGCAUGGCCUGGGCCUUUAUAAAGAUCACAUUUUGAACCACAAAAGCUACAUAGAUUGGUGGUUACUGGUGUGGUGAUACUUUAUUUUAUGUGGCCCUCUG